GUCACUUCUGGCCAAUAGGAUAUGAAAGUGACAAGCUUGCUUUCUUUGAUAUUAUUCUUCGAAAUGGAAUCCUGCAGAAUUGGAAUAUACACCUGCAGAAGAGUUCAGUAGGAAAUUUCAAUCAAGGCAAAGAAGAUGGAAAAUUUCACCUCAACUUCAAUAUUUUCAUCUGGAUUCAACGAAACUACUUCCAGUAUUUCAUAUGAGAACUUGACCACAGUGCCAAAGCCCGUUUUGAACAAAUACUAUCCAUAUCUAGCUGCUGAACUUGGAUUUUCCAUAUUGUGUUCUGUGAUACUAAUUCUCGUUUAUGUUAUAAUAGGUGAAUAUAAGACAUUACCUGGAAAAAAUGUCAUCUGCAUUUCUUUGAGUUUGAUUGUAACUUACAUUCUGCUCAUUGUAGACUUGUUAAUGAGAAACAGAAUACCAUUCAACACCUGCUUCACAAUUGGAGUAACAAUACAAGCGACAUUUCUUGCAACUUUCUUCUGGACGAAUGUAAUGUCAUAUGACAUAAUGAGAACAAUGGCGUCUGUUAAGCCUGAUACAGUCAGGACAUCCAAAUUCUGGAAAUAUUCAGCAUAUGCAUGGUUCAUGACUUUGAUCUGUGUGUUGCCAGCAAUUGUUAUAGACCUUACUGAUUUUGUUCCUGAAGAAUAUAGGCCGAAAUUUGGUGUAAAGAAAUGCUGGUUGAGUGGACAGUUAGCGUUUCUGUUGUAUUUUAAUCUUCCGGUAGGUCUGACGUUAGCUUCUAAUUGUAUAUUCUUCGUAUUAACGGCGCGGACAAUUGUACGAGUAAGAAGCGCCACAGCAAUUUUAGCAGCAAAUCGGCAUAAGAAAAGAUUCCGUCUCUGUAUGAAACUCGUCCUCAUCAUGGGUCUAGUAUGGAUUACAGAAUUUGUUCCAUGGCUAACAGGAAUAUAUUAUCUGUAUGCCAUAGCUGGAAUGCUAAACUGCCUGCAUGGCGUUUAUUUAUUUUUAAUCUUUGUAUGCAAAAGACGAAUUCUCAAACAAGUUGUGACGAAUCUGUCGUGUCGCUGUUCAAGAGCGACACCAUCGACCAUCAAAAAGAAACAAUCACCUUCUUUAGAUACAAUCACAACUACAGUUUCAAAUAUUUGUUCACCUUAAAAAACACAAAACAAGUUUCAUAGAAGUGUUUAAAGAUUUAGACAUAACCUGUGAUAAAUAUUUGAUACAACAGUUUUCAAUUUUGAAAUG